CAACCACUAGUGUAUAUGAUAUCUCUCUCUCUCUCUCUCUCUAAAACUCUAAAACUCUCUCUUCUCUCAGAUCUAGCCAGAGAAUUCGAUUUUUGAUCGAAGCUUCAUCCAUGGAGGAGGACAACAGCAGCAACAGCAACAGCAAAAUCUACCAUCUCUUCGUGAAACUAUUAGACGGAAAAACCCUAACCCUAAGACUCACUUCCCCAACCGUACCAGCCCUCGCGAUCAAGCACCGCGUCCAUGAAAUCACCAAAAUACCCUUAGGGCAGCAACGCCUGGUCACAACCGGACUCUGCUGCGCGUCAGACGAGACCCUGAUUCGGUGCCCCGAGGGCACAUCGCUGUUCCCGAGCGUGCAAUUGUCGGGUCGACUCGCGGGCGGGAAGGGCGGGUUCGGGUCGCUGCUGCGUGGGGCGGCGACGAAGGCCGGGCAGAAGAAGACGAACAACUUCGACGCGUGCCGCGACAUGAGCGGGCGGAGGCUGCGCCACGUCAACGCGGAGAAGCGGCUUGAGGAGUGGAAAGCCGAGGAGGAGGAGAGGAAGCUGGAGAAGAUUGCUGAGGACUUCAUCAAAAAGAAGGCCAAGAAGGGGAAGAAAGGCGUCGGAGACGGCCUCGCUCAUAAGUACGUCGCCAAGUAUCGGGAAGAGUCCGAACGCUGUGUGGCGGAGGUGCUUGAUUCUGUCAAUGACGCCCUCAAGAAGCGCAAGGCGGGUCCCGUGGCGCCCCUCGAGGCGAAGCGCGCUAACAUUUGGAUGGGAAAGAGAAAAUUGGGCGAAAGUGAUAGCGACGACACGGAUGAGGAUGAGGAGGAGAGGGAGGAGAAAUCUGUUGUGUUGAACGGUGAGAAUCAUUCUGAUUCGAGUAAGGAAGUUGAGGGGAGUUCCGGUUCGGUUACUGGUGAGAAGCAGGUUACUUGUGAGAGUGAGAGUGGCUCUGAGGGAGAGAGAGAUAUUGUUUUGCAAGAAAUAGUGGACUCUAAUGGAUGCGCUGAGGCGGUUGAACCUGUGAUCUGUGACAAGGAGAUGUCUGAGACUACAAGUGUAUCUGUUUCAGUUUCUACAACUGAGGCUGUGGCUGUGGACGAAACUGCCAAUGUUUUGAACUUUGGAAAUAGGGAAGCUUGUGAUGAGAGCUUAUCGGUUGAUUCUCAAACCAAUGGUAAUUUGGACUCUAAAUCAAGUGUUCAUGAGGAAACAGUUGUGACUACUAAUGCUGCAGAAUUGGAAAAGCCGCUCAAUUUUGAUGAAUUUAAUUCGGCAGCAGAAAUGGAGGUUCUUGGCAUGGAAAGGUUAAAGUCUGAAUUGCAAGCACAUGGGUUGAAAUGUGGAGGUACCUUGCAAGAGCGUGCCGCCAGGCUUUUCCUGCUGAAAUCUACGCCUUUGGAUAAGGUUCCUAAGAAGUUGCUGGCAAAGAAAUGAGUCUAUGUAAUGUGUUGGGCACUAUCAUGGAGGAAUUUCUCUCCUUCAUUGUAUGAGAACUAGGUUGAAUCUUGUAAAUUUUUUGAAUUUCGUUCAGUUGACUGAUCAUGUAGUUUGUAUGAUGAUAAAUGCUUAAAGUCAGAACCAAAAAAGGAAUGCCAAUGAUUGUGUAUGGAAUAUAAGUGUAUAAACACGUAGGAUGGAUCUUACUUCUCUUUAA